AUGAAAGUGCGCUGCGCCCACCAGCUCACGGAGCACCUCCGCGAGCACGCCGUGCUGCAGCAGCAGGUGCAGGCGCAGGAGCAGAUGGCUCGGCAGAUGGAGGAGCAGAUGCUGAUGCAGCAGCAGCUCGAGGAGCAGUUCAUGAUCCAGCAGGCGUACAUCACGCAGACGGCGCUGGGCGCGAGCCUGGGGCUGGGCUGGGGCGCGCACACGGCCGCGCCUGCGCCCACGCCCAUCCGCUGCGUGUGCCUCGAGUGCGGGCGCGAGUUCCUGCAGCGCAGCGCGCUCCGGCAGCACAUGAAGGAGCACGAGCGGAAGCCCUUCCACUGCUCGCAGUGCCCCGCCGACUUCAGCAACCCCUGGAACCUGGCGCGCCACUACAAGGAGCACCUGCGCCACCUGUGCGUCGUCAGCCUCAGCGACCUCCGCUGCAACGUCUGCAACGAAAACUUUCGCGACGACGAGCUGCAGCUGCGUCGCCACCGCGCCCUGCACAAGGACGUGCGGUUCUGCAGGUAG